CAGAGAAAGCUAGGGUUUUUGUUUGAGAUCGAUCGGUUGGUGAGAGUAUUAAAUCAAUCAAUAUAUAAAAUAAAUUGUUAUGGUUGUUAUUUUUGUUGUUUGAUCAGAAAAACUAGAAAAAUAAAUGGUGUCUUCAUUAAGUUUACGUUGCUACCAUUCUUCUUGUUGUUGUUACAGUUAUUGUGUGUGUGAGAUAGAGAAAAUCUUGUGUGUGAUUAUGCAGGAAAUAUCUAGUGUGAGAGAGGUAGAGAGAAUCAGGGAGAUAGAUAGAGCGGAGAGAGCUAUUGUGAGGGGGUAAAAGGAUUUUUAGAGAGACCCAGAGUGUUAAUUAUCUUGGUUUCUCUCUCUUUGAAAGGAAUUUUGAAAUUAGGGUUUGGGUUCUUCUCAAAUCGUCAUGGAGAACAAGCUUGUGGUUCUUGGUAUCCCAUGGGAUGUUGAUACUGACGGCUUGAGAGACUACAUGAGCAAAUUUGGAGAGCUAGAAGAUGUUAUAGUGAUGAAGGAACGGUCAACUGGGCGCUCUCGUGGUUUUGGUUAUGUAACUUUUGCAGAGGUUGAGGAUGCGAAGAAUGCCCUGGAAAGUGAGCACUUUCUUGGUAACAGAAUUCUGGAAGUAAAAGUUGCCACACCAAAGGAAGAAAUGAGAGCACCUUCUAAGAAAGUAACAAGGAUUUUUGUGGCCAGAAUCCCACAGACUGUAACGGAAGCAAUAUUCCGAAGUUAUUUUGAAACCUAUGGUGAGAUAACAGAUAUAUACAUGCCCAAGGAUCAAGGCUCAAAAGCUCAUCGUGGAAUUGGGUUCAUUACUUAUGAAACUGCAGAUUCUGUGGACACUUUGAUGUCUGAAACUCAUGAAUUGGAAGGUUCAACGAUAGUUGUGGAUCGAGCAACCCCAAAGGAUGACGACUCCACUCACAUGAGACAACCACCACCAAGCAGAGUACCACAGGGUGGAUAUGGGGCAUAUAAUGCAUAUAUCACUGCAGCAACUAGAUACGCUGCACUGGGUGCUCCUACAAUGUAUGAUCAUCCAAGCUUAGGAUACGCAAGAGGGGUUGCCGAACCAGCUGUGCGGGGAAUGGGCAAAAAGAUCUUUGUUGGUAGGCUUCCACAGGAGGCAAGCGUUGAAGAUCUUCGCCACUAUUUUGGCAGAUUUGGUCGUAUCAUAGAUGUCUAUGUCCCCAAGGACCCAAAAAGAACUGGUCAUCGGGGCUUUGGUUUUGUAACUUUUGCGGAGGAUGGUGUGGCAGAGCGUGUUUCUCGGAGGACUCAUGAAAUUUGUGGACACCAGGUUGCAAUAGAUUCAGCAACUCCACUUGAUGAUGCCGGUGGUACAAGUGGAGGAGGGGGAGUAGGGAACCUAAUGAUGCAGAAUCUAGAGCCUUAUGGUGGCUAUAUAGGUCCAAUGCGUGCUUAUAACAACUAUGGGAGUCUGGAUUUUGACGAUUGGGGGAAUUACGGUGGCCAGACAUAUGGUGGGCAGAGUUAUGGUGGUCUAGCUCGGGCUGGUGUUAAUAUUGGUGGCGGCGGUGGUGGUGCUAGCAGUGGCAGACCUUCGAGAAUGGAUUGGAGGUUUAGGCCAUACUAAGAUAUUGACCCUUGCCUUGGUCUUCAAUAGAAAAGAAGGAACACUUCAGACUCCAUGUCCGUAGAUGUUGUCAAGAAUUUAUUUAUAAUUGUUUCGGAUUUAAGCUAAAACGGAAGAGUUUGCAAACUAUGGUUACUUUCUUCUUGUAAUAAAAUGCUGUAGUAAAUUAUACUUCCAAGCACAGUUUAAUGGAUCAUCGUACUCUGAGAAAUUUAGGCAACCUUUUGUAUAAAUAUUUCGUACCCUGAGUAAUAUGGGCUUCUUUUGCAAAAA